UCCAGCGCCUGACGUCCAUUACUUUAUCAUGUUCAUGCAGUCUUCGCGUAAAGCUGCCAUCACAGAACCAACAACUCAAGUUCCUUUUAUCAACUACCCCGACUCAGUCUUCAUACAGGACGACCAGUUUCUCACCGACUACUCGCAAGAGAUUCCUUUCCAGUACUUCAGUCACGAACAACCGCGGCUACAAUCCGCCUUCGAGUACCGCCAGGGCUUGAACUUCGUCUCGCCACCCUCAUCCGUGCCUUCGUCUCCAGCUUCGUCCGUCUCUCACUUGCCUGGGUCGACGGCAGUCGCUGCCGACUACUCUCCUGCCGUCUUUGACGGCUCCAGCUUUGAAGCUCCUUCGAUGACCCCUGCCUCUUCAUACAACCCUUCGAUUGACGGUUACUCCGGCUCUCCUCAACAGCACUCCUUUUUGCCUUCCCAAUACCAGCCACAACAGUUUGUCUUUGAUAACUCGCCGAUGUUGACGCAACAAUUCAUCCCCAACAACCACACCUGGAACCACAAUCUGCACAAUCUGCAGACACCAAGCUCGUCUUCAGGGCGGUCGCCGGGGAACUCUGUCCAGCAACACCCUGCUACUUACAGUGCUCCUACGAAGCCGCUGCCCACGCCUGUGCACACGCCACUGCAGCAGCAGUCGUACCUAACCCCUCAAUAUCAUAAGAACGAAUUCUCAUCGCAUGAUGGUAGUCAGUCUGGGUUAUUCAUGGCGGACCAGCAACAGCAGCACUCACAACACCAACAUGCCAACAGCGAUUACUCGCUUGCACCCUCGGUUUCGACUGUGAGCCACAACUCGCCCGCCACUCCUCUUACAGGCUUCGAGGACGAGGAGGUUCCAAGGGCAGUGCACAAUGGUGAGAAUCAAUUACCCGCUGAUGACCGAUGGUUGCAUGAAUACUUACGCCUUGAUGCGCUUCCAGACUACAACAGCUCAAACGGACUUCCCCUGGGGAUUCCCAAGCUCAACAGAACCAUCACCGAUGUCUACCAGGACGAGCUAUACAAUCCUGCGCAGGCGCAACAGGCUCCGAAGCAACCCGGCCACCAGCAGCAAAAUCUCCUUGCGCCAUCGUAUCAGAACCCUCUAAGCGACCGCCUCAAGGCCGCAAACCAGGGCCAUCUGUCUGCGCGAAACCGAUCGCCCAUAGGAUCUAUUCACAGAGACCGUUCUCCUUUCAGACAAAAUUCCCCCCUUGCGGCAGAAUUUGAUCAUGAUGCCUUCGGACAGCCUGCAGUCACAAGCGCGCCUAACACUCACUCUGGAAUUGGCAUGCAACAAACGCAGGUCGAGCAGCCGAAAACGAUAUCGCCCAAGGAUGCAGUACUGCACGAUUUCGAUCAAAAUGAAGAUCAUUCAUUGCCAUAUCUACAGCAGUCAGACUUCAACCUCGGUGACAAUCUUGGGCUACGACAGGACAACACAUUCCAGCCAGCUCCCAGCUUCCCGUCGAUGGAAUCGUUCCCUCAGCAACUCGGCCAGGCUCCAGCAUCAUCCUCUCAGCCGUUUGUCUUCAGUCAGCCUCAGCAGCAGAGUCGGAGACCAUCGCAGCAGCAAAGCAGUCUUUUGCAUCAAACUCCAGAUUUUCCCGCUUCGCUGCCACGAUUUGAGUCUACUGGAAGCGAUGUCUUCUCCAAUGGCAUAACUUCUCCUUCUCUGUCAAAGACCAUCCCUCAGCAUGGUAACGCGAUCAGCCGACCUCAGAACACCUCCGCCGAUGGUGGCACCUACACCUGCACAUACCACGGGUGCACUCAGCGCUUCGAGACGCCGGGCAAGCUGCAAAAGCACAAGCGUGAAGCCCACCGUCAAACCACCCCCGGAGGUCACCAGCCUGGGCGCGAUGGAACAUCACGCAACUCCCAGGCCGGUCCCCACAGGUGCGACAGGAUCAACCCUCAGACAGGCAAGCCAUGCGGGUCUAUCUUCUCUCGACCAUACGACUUGACGCGGCACGAGGAUACGAUCCACAACGCCCGUAAGCAGAAGGUCCGCUGCCAUCUGUGCACCGAGGAAAAGACGUUCUCCCGCAAUGAUGCUCUGACUCGGCACAUGCGUGUCGUUCACCCUGAAGUUGACUGGCCCGGCAAACAGAGGCGCAGGGGCCGGGAUUAGACUUCGCGCUCUCUCGCACAGGGCCCUUGAGUUUGCCAGAGCAAUUCCCAAUUGUGGAGCAACGAAUGAGACGAGCUGCUUCGAGUUUCCACAUCGAAUGGUUUCAAUGACUCGACAUGAGAUGAGCCAGCCUCUGAUGUCAUUGGCGCCGCCCAAUGUGGAACGGGUCUGCUUACCAAACCAGAUCGUCUCGGAGACUUCCAUACUGGGCUAGCGCGCGGGCGUCGACGCAGCCCAAGA